AUGACCACGUCACCUCCCCGGGGCUGUGGCAGCAUUGCUGCUGACUAUCACCUGCUGUGUGCCAUGGAGGAGGCCUGGGGCAUCGUCCUGGAGUCCCUGGCUGCGGCGGGCGUCGUCGUCACCAUUUUCCUCAUCUUCUCGCUCUUCUUCCUCAUCUGCAAAGUCCAGGACAACAGCAAGAGGCACAUGAUCUCUGUCUAUUUCUUCUUUCUCCUGGGCACACUUGGCAUUUUUGGUCUCACUUUUGCCUUCAUCAUUAAAUUGAAUCCCAGGACUCUCCCCACUCGUGUCUUCCUGUUUGGAGUCGUCUUUGCUCUGUGCUUCUCGUGCCUCCUCACCCACGCCUGCAACCUCAACAAACUAGUGAGAGGAAGAAAGCCCUUCUCCUGGCUGGUGCUGCUGCUCCUCAUUGUUUCCUUUGCCCUGGUACAAGUUGUGAUCAGCAUCGAGUACUUAGUCACCAUGCUAGUAAACCAGAGAGACAAAUUUCUGAAUAUGCCUCGGGAGGAGCUCAACAAGGACUUUGUCAUGCUUUUGAUCUAUGUGCUCUUCUUGAUGGCUCUGACCUUCCUGGUUUCCAUGUUCACAUUCUGUGGGUCGUACAAAAGCUGGAAGAGGCACGGGGCACACAUCUUUGUCACCAUCCUCUUCUCCAUUGCCAUUUGGGUAGUGUGGAUCACUAUGCUCACAAAAGGCAACAGAGCUUUAAAGAAACCUAGCUGGGAUGAUCCUGUCGUGGCCAUCGCGCUGGUGUCCAAUGGAUGGGUCUUCCUGAUAAUGUAUAUCGUCCCUGAAAUCUGUUUCCUCACUGCUCCUCUGAAGCUGGAGGACUACCCUCCAGAAGAUGACUUCUGCCAGCCCACGUUCCUGAAGCAGGCUGGGGUGGACAACCAGGCCUACAGCCAGGAGGAGAUUGUGAGAGGAAACCCAGGAGACCUCAGCUACUCCCCGUACUCCUCUCACUUCCAGAUGAAGACCAUGGAACCCCAGAGUGAUUUCUCCAUCCCCCGGCCCAAGGCCCGGACCAGCCCGUACCAGGACUACACCGGUGGGCAGGGCCCCAAGUAG